GUUUUAUUAAAUAUAUCCGUCGAUAAAGAAAUUGCACCACCCAAGGCAACUACCCUCCAAUGUGGGUUUUCACUUUUGAUGGAAAAGCCCGUGAAAUUCCCAAAUCAAUAUCAGGACGAGCUUGGGUUUAAUAGCACUGGUGAGGAAACCUGUCCGUUGGACUUUGACUACGUAUCACCCGUAGUGGAUCCCGCGAUCCACUUUCACCGUAGCCAAUCCCACGCCGACACACUACACCGCGGCAUAAUCUCCAAGCGAGUCUACCAAAACUCGGAACCCCACGAAACCGGCAGUCUUAUCAAGGCGCCCAUGCCGCUCAACAGUUGGUCGGUCGAUCGGUCGGUGGUGCGAUCUUCCUCACUCGUCGACGGACUCGAACAGCGAUCGUUGAUCGUUGAUUGCUAG